AACUCCCACUCGGUCUAUUAGGCAAACCCAUGUACUCAUAUACAUAUAAAUCAGUGAGAACUCUGGGCAGAAAAUUGAGACACUGAAAGAAACUCUUCAACUCUCUCUUUCAAUCCUCUCUCUUUCAGCAACAUGGCAGAGUCUCUGAACCCCCUGUGUAACCCACAGACAAAGACUGGUUCACACUCUGUGCCAGAUCGGGGAAAGUGGGCCAACAAGAGGGAGUUUAUUUUGACAGUAGCAGGAGCUAUUGUGGGACUUGGGAAUGUCUGGAGAUUUCCCUACCUGUGCUACAAGAAUGGAGGUGGUGUGUUUUUCAUUCCGUAUCUCAUGUUCCUUUGCACAUGCGGCAUACCUCUAUUCAUACUGGAGACAGCACUGGGCCAGUACACCAGCCAGGGUGGGAUUAUGUGCUGGAGAAAGAUCUGCCCAUUGUUUGAGGGUAUGGGCUAUGCAGGACAGCUGAUCAGUUUCUAUGGCUGCAUCAGCUAUGUGGUGGUAUUGUCAUGGGCAUUUCUCUACCUCUUCUCCUCCUUCUCCAAAGAGCUUCCAUGGACCACCUGUAAUAACAAAUGGAACACGGAUGCAUGUGUGGAAAUCAAUUCCAUCAACGGCACUGGGAACAGAACGGCGGCUCUGAAUUCAUCGUCAUCUAUUGUAGAGUUUUGGCGGCGGCGGGUCCUCAAUAUUUCAUCUGGCAUUGAAGAACUGGGCAGUAUUCAGUGGGAACUGUGUCUGUGUCUUCUUCUGGCCUGGAUCAUCUGCUACUUCUGUGUCUGGAAAGGAGUGAGAUCCACAGGCAAGGCGACGUACGUCACAGCAACUUUCCCGUUUGUCAUGCUAACGGUCCUACUGAUCCGAGGAAUGACACUUCCUGGAGCCAUACAUGGAAUCAAGUACUACUUAUAUCCAGAUCCACAACGGCUUUCUGAUCCUCAGGUUUGGAUGGAUGCAGGAACUCAGAUAUUUUACUCCUACGCUAUAUGUCUGGGUUGUUUGACCACACUGGGGAGCUAUAACAAGUACAACAACAACUGUUACAGGGACUCCUUCUUUCUUUGUUUGCUGAACAGUGCGACCAGCUUCCUCGCAGGCUUUGCCAUUUUCUCUGUUCUGGGUUACAUGUCACAAAAACAAGGGCUGGACAUUGCUUCAGUCGCAGAAUCAGGUCCAGGUCUUGUGUUCAUCGUCUACCCACAAGCUGUGAGCCUGCUGCCGUUUCCUCAGGUCUGGUCAGUCAGCUUCUUCACCAUGAUCAUCUUGUUAGGAAUAGACGGCCAGUUUGCUGGUCUUGAAAGCAUCAUGACCUCAAUCGUGGACCUCUUCCCCACCCAGAUCUUGAAAGGGUACCGCCGAGAGCUCCUGCUGCUGCUCAUCUGCUCUGUCUCCUUUUUACUAGGCAUUUUUUUGGUGUCACAGGCAGGAGCGUACAUUCUCCAGAUUUUUGAUCACUAUGUUUGUAGUGGUCCUACGCUGCUCCUCCUGGCUACGUUCCAGUCAAUCGUCAUUGGCUGGAUUUAUGGGGCAAAUCGCUUCUCCAACAACAUAGAAGACAUGAUUGGUUACAAACCUCUCUCUCUGAUCAAUUACUGCUGGCUCUACAUCACCCCCGUUAUUUGCAGUGGGACACUGGUGUUCCUGUUGGUGAGAUACUCUCCAAUGAGGUUCAACAAAUCUUAUGAGUAUCCUCUGUGGGCCUACUGCAUCGGAUGGUUUUUCUCCUCCUCCUCUCUUAUCCUGAUUCCCAUAACAAUGUUCUACAAAGUAGCCAAAGGGAAGGGAACUGUCUGGCAGAGGAUCCGAGCGGCAUCUCGAUGUGCAGACGACCUUCCGAUGAAGACGCCAGACAGAUGAUGUGAAACAUAUCGUCAAAAUAACUGCAAAAACUCCUGAUGAUCCUCAGUUUUAUUAACAGUUUCGAUGACAGGGUGCUGUUUUGUGGGGGCUAGGGUUGAUUCACCUGUGAUUUUGUUGCUCGCUCAGUCAUUUAUUAAGCUUUUAGUUGCUCCUUCUCAGGAAAAUCUUUAUAAACUUUGGUAUCGCUGAGGCACAUUAUUAUUUCAGGAUUACAAAAUACUGUAUUUGCUCUUGAAAGAUUCCAUGAGCAGUUUCUCUUCAAACAUGUUUCUCAUCUUUCUAUUUCAUCUCACAAGGAAAGCCUCUUCUAAUCCUGUUACAUAGCACAGGAGUAGUCGGCCUGCAGCCAAGGGCUACGGGCUCACGGAAGAUAGAGUGGACCAGUCUGUCAUUUGACAAGCAAGUGAAUAAUGUCAACUAAUGUAACAACUGUACUGUUUUUUAUGGCACGUUGAUGAGUGAUCCAUUGAGAUGACAAAGGAAUUCUAAAAGGCAUUUUUGCAUCACUUGAAAUUUCCAUACAGCUGUUUUAUUGUGUCAAGCGCACAUUUACCAACCUGAAGGUUCUACGAACUAUCUCAAGCAAUAAAGCAGUUGUUUCUCUAUGAUAAAGCUCCGACCACGGAGAUGGAGACUAAGCGUCCUCGUGUUUUUUUUUUUACUCUAAAGGUGUACCAUGUGUAAUUUGUUUUUGUAGAAAUGUGUAACUGGAUGUAUUUGCCUGUUUUUCAUCAUCUUUGUCUCUUUUCACUGCAUUGACAGCCUUUUCUUUGUCUUUAUUAUUGAUUCAGAAAUGAUAACUGUUUACAGCUUUUAAAUAAAA